UGGGAGCCGUCUGACGCUUAGCGCAGGCUGCCGCAUGUUUAUAACAUAGCAUGGGUGGUGACUAGGGCUUUCUUCCCUAGUCAGUAUUUCUUGAUUUUUUUUGGAAAAAUUGUCCUGCAAUGCCACCAAAGGGAAAAGGUGGCAAGGGUGGUAAAGGUGGAGCUGCUUCAGGUGGUGCAGACACAGAUAAGAAAGAAAAGGCACAAAAGGGGGGCACUGCGGUUAAGGUUCGGCACAUCCUAUGUGAAAAGCAUGGCAAAUGUAUGGAAGCGAUGGAGAAGUUGAAGGCUGGAGUUCGUUUCAGUGAAGUAGCAUCACAGUAUAGUGAAGACAAAGCAAGACAAGGAGGGGAUCUGGGCUGGAUGACACGGGGAUCAAUGGUAGGACCCUUCCAAGAUGCAGCAUUUGCCUUGUCUGUCAGUUCCAUGGAUAAACCUGUCUACACAGACCCUCCUGUCAAGACAAAGUUUGGCUACCACAUCAUCAUGGUAGAAGGCAAGAAGUGAGCAGAGGACCCUCAAGACUUCAAGACUUAAAUAAAGACAAGCAUUGGGAUUGUGGAAGUGAUAAUUUUUUCUCAUUCACUUUUCUUCAUUACAUUGUGUAUUUAAUAUGGUGCAGUAUUCAGGAGCAGUUGACAGAAUGAGAAAUUAAAUGAUGAAAUUGUGGAAUGCCGUUUUUUUUCUUUUUUUUCUUCCAUGUACACAAUUAUGCUAUGGAAAUCAGGAAAAAUGUGAUUCGCCAGAUGUAAAAUUGUAAUACCUGUAGAUAUUCACUGUGAAUACACAAUUACACAAGUCUUUCAAUGCUAAAACUACUACUCCUACUUUCGGCUGCUCCCGUUAGGGGUCGCCUUUCAAUGCUAAAACCUCUCCUAAUUUCUGUGAUCAUUUUUAAAAAAUAGAUGGUUCUUUGAACUCUUGGAAUAAUAUAAUAAACCACUGUUGUUGUUUUUUUAAUAACUCGAAAUGUAAAAAAGGAAGGUGAAUUCAAUAUAAUAAAACCAUGAAUAGAUUUGUGGCUAUGGCCUCGAACGACCAACGCGGUCAUUUUGACCGUUUUGGAUUUUCAAAGUUUAACAACAUUGGGAGGGGGGGCGGACCUGCU